AUGGCCUGCGCAUCUUUGUCGAGCUUCGACGACCGCAUAGCCUUGAUGAAGUCCCAGUACUCGGGCAUGAACUCGGCGCCCUCCCAGUCCACAACGCCGGACAGGCGGCCCCCGCCGACGAGCACGUUGGGGAAGAAGAAGUCCGAGGUGCGAAGCUGUAAAGAAACAGUCGGGCUAACACGCUCAACUCAUUUGCGGCGAAUACCGGAAUGGUACCAAGACAACGAGCAAAUUCGGCACGGUUACCGGCCCGUGUCGUGCUCCGCUCGCGUGUCUCUUGCCAGCUGGCUUUACCUCCACAACGAGUCGGUGAACAUCUACUCGCAUUUGAUCCCCGCCAUCGGAUUUCUUCUUGGUGAGUGGUACAUCUUGGAAUACCUCCAUAGUAGGUACCAACAUGUCACCGUUGCGGACCAUCUAAUCUUCGCCUUCUUCCUCCUGACGGCUACCGUGUGUCUCGGUCUCUCGGCAACCUAUCAUACCAUGAUCAACCACUCACAACGGAUCGAUGCCCUGUGGUUGCGCUUCGACUUGGUUGGGAUAAUUCUUCUCACCCUGGGCGACUUUGUGUCCGGUAUCUACUUGGUCUUCUGGUGUGAGCCGCUGCAACGGAAGAUAUACUGGUCCAUGAUCUUCACUCUUGGCGCAAUCACGAUAUUUGUUCUUCUGAGCCCAAAGUUCCGUGGCCCUCGGUGGCGCACCUUCCGCCUCAUGACAAUUGUGGGCACUGGCUUGUCCGGUCUUGCGCCUCUCGGUCACGGAAUAUACAUGUUUGGAUUUGUCCAGAUGCUGAAGCAGUCUGGAAUGCCCUACUACCUAGUCGAAGGCGCCCUUUUGGGUCUGGGAGCUUUUAUAUACGCCGCGAGAAUCCCCGAGAGUCUCAGUCCCGGCAAGUUUGAUAUAUAUGGCUCGUCGCAUCAGUUGUUCCACAUUCUGGUGGUGAUCGCAACCGUGAUUCAUCUCGUCGGUAUUCUCGCGGCAUUCGACUACAACUAUAAUCAUCGGAUUUGUACAGGGAGGUGAGUGCGAUGUUUGCAGUUUGGGGAGGGGGGGAACGCUUGAGCCCCAGUUUGAAGAAAUCA